GAGCUUGCGCAAUAUGUAUUCCACGGCCCUGGCUGCUGGUAGUGUUGUUUAGUGUUGUUGUUGUUGUGACAUUAAGGGGGGCUAAAACAAAGAAUUGACGAAGUUAAUAUAACCCUGAGCCUGUCGCAUGAGGUUACUGGGUGAGCCCCUCCCUGCCAUGAGAGCUGACCACCAGGUCACAAGCCCCCCCUCCUUCUGCAGUUGAUGGAUCUGCAGCUGGUCCAGAGAUGACAGACAGCGUCAGGGCCUUCCUCCGCAAUGUUGCGACGGGGAUCAAGGACUCCAUAUUGGGGAUUGGGACAAUCUCCAAGCUGGAUGCCCGCAUCCAGCAGAAAAGGGAAGAGCAGCGGAGGAGAAGGGCCAGUGGGGCCCUGGCACAGAGAAGGGCACAGAGUGAGGAGCGCAAACCAGACAAUGAACCCAAAGUAGCCAGUAGGAUUUUUCAGUGCUGUGCCUGGAAUGGAGGAGUGUUCUGGCUCAGUCUGUUUCUCUUCUACCGGGUGUUUAUCCCACUGCUGCAGACUCUCACAGCAAAAAUCAUUGGUGACCCUUCCCUCCAUGGCAGUGUGUGGUCCUGGUUAGAGUUCAUCCUGACCUCCGUCUUCAGCGCCCUCUGGGUUCUUCCUCUGUUCGUUCUCAGCAAGAUAGUCAAUGCCAUAUGGUUCCAGGAUAUUGCUGACCUAGCAUUUGAAGUGUCUGGCUGUAAAGCUCAGCCGUUCCCCAGCGUCAGUAAGAUCAUCGCAGAUAUGCUCUUUAACCUCCUGCUCCAGGCACUCUUCCUCAUUCAGGGUAUGAUCGUUAGUCUCUUCCCCAUCGAUGCCAUUGGACAGAUGGUGAGCCUCCUCCACAUGUCUCUGCUCUACUCCCUCUAUUGCUUUGAGUAUCGCUGGUUUAACCAUGGCAUUGAGAUGCAUCAACGGCUGUCCAAUAUUGAGAGGAACUGGCCCUAUUACUUUGGCUUUGGUUUACCAAUGGCUCUGCUGACCGCCCUGCCCUCCUCAUACAUCAUUAGUGGCUGCUUGUUCUCCAUCCUCUUCCCUCUGUUCAUCAUCAGUGCUAAUGAGGCUAAGACACCAACUAAGUUGUACCACUUCCAGCUGCGUCUCUUCUCCCUGGUUGUGUUGAUCAGCAACAAGCUUUUCCACAAGACAGUCCACCUGCAGUCCUCCCUGACGUCGUCCACCUCCUCAGAGAGACUGUUGUCCCCUCACACUUCCCCAACCCGCCAGAGACUUGUGCCCACCCAGUGAUGGAUCCACUCGAAGGAGAUGGGAUAGCAACUGAUGAGUGGCUUCACUCAGUGUGAAAAAGUGAUUCUUCCAAAAGGGUUCCCUUAAUGAAGAUGAUAUGCGGUUUAGGAUAAAGGGUUGACAUGUUUUUAUCUAAUCUCUUUGACCCUUUGGUUAUUCACUUGCAGCAAACCACCAGACACAUUUUCAGUGUGACACAAAAAUCGACUGCCCUGUGCCUCACACUCAAAACACAUUAUAUACUCAGCUCUUGACUUGUUUUAUUUUGUGAAUUUUCUUUCAUUGUUUUUUGUAUAAUGUGCCAUUUGAGUGAAUCUCCUUUAAUAAAUUACAGCACAAGAAAUCACUUAGUUUUAAUAUGUUUAAGCAAACUUGUGACUAAGGAUUUUUUUUACUUUAAAGGGGCUUGUUUGCAUUCAGAAGCAAAGCACAGUCUGUCACCUACAGUAUGUUUUCUUGAUGUUGCAAGUCACAUUCCUUCCUCACAGGUUGAAUGCUUUCUUGCACAUCUAUGUUUAUCUCUCAUUUGAUGGUGUUCAACCAGUUCCAGGAGUGACCUUGCACAGUUACAAAGGGAGGAUAUUCUUGUCCUGUUACAGCUUUGUGUUUAGAGGAAUUCGCAAAUCAGUUCAGGAGCUGCUAUAAUAAGGAUUGGUGACCUUAAUAGUGGAAACCAAAUAACAAAGUCACUCUUGUGUGUGUGUUUGGUUGGUGUCUCAUCCCAAAUUUAAACCUCGCUCCACUGACUGAUGAGAUAUACAUGUUGCAAACUGCAAGUGACACCAGCAAAAGGAAAAGCUGCCUCAGUGUUUUCAGUGUGUUUGAAUAUAGUAGGUGAUAGGUGAGAUGACACUGCCAAACUGCUGCGUCUAUGUUUUGUUUAUUUCACUUCAACCACUACAAUGCUAAGCUCUGUGAUAAAGGAAGGAGUCCUGUAGUUUUAGUCUUUAUAACGGGUGAUCAGCCUUAACCUGCUUGCUCUAGUUGUCCCCUCCCAAGAGAGCCGAAGCAAAUAUAACUGGUCCCUAAAGAUCAUUGGCUGUUUGCUUUUUGUGCUGUACAUAGUAUUAAUACAUACUGAAUGUUCAACCAGAGCCCCACCACCAUGCAGCGACCCAGUCACUGAGUUUCCCUCACUCAUCAGGGGGGAAGGACCUUGAUUUUAAAACAGUGUUUGUGCAGACUGAUAUUUGUGAGUGAGGUUUUGUAAAAGUAAUACGUCUAAUUUCAAUAAAAUUGGUCCGUAUUCAAUAUUUUGA